ACCAAACAUUGUACAGGCGGCGUCAUUCGAUGACAGCUGCCCGUGGAUUGCUAGUUUUGAAACGCGUUUUUGUGAAUAAUCUAUGUGAGGCUGUACCAAAUAAUGAUCUAAUCAAAUGACUGUGCAUUUUUACAAAAGACUGGCUAGUGUUUAAGCAAGAAAGAAUUUGUUUUUUAAGUAUUGAUUUUUAUUUUUUUUAAAAUAAGUAUUAUAUAAAAGUAUUGUGAAUUUAAAUUUUGAGAUAUUGUAUAAACACUAGUAUAUUCAAUAUUCUAUACAAAGUGUGCGAGGAGGCUGAAGAUUUUUUUUACGAGUUAUGCUAAAUUGAAGACAUACAAAUGAGGGAUGCCGCUCAAAUGAAGACCGGCUCGCGGUCCGGAUCGUUAGAAUCGCUGGGCGAGCAACUAGAUUCGGCACAGUCUGCCGAAUCUCUUGAAACAUCCGACAACCAUUUAAAUCACCUAAAUCAUCACCAUCUUUCCAACCUUGGAAUGCUCUUAGGGAAUAUACCGAAUGUUGUAAGUGGAAACAAUGGUAACAGUGCUGGAAAUAGUGGAUCAAGUUCGUCUUCCUGCGCUAAUUCCACGGAUGAAGACGCACACAGCCAAACGUCCAUUUCACCCGUGUUAGAUAAUCUAUUAAAUGUCAACAGUCAAGCCGAUCAACUUUUCGCAACGAGUCAAACACAGCAAAAUGAUGCUAAAGGUAUUUAUUGUAAAGAACUUAUUGUGCAAUUAUUUAAAGGAUACAGAUGUACUGGAUGCAAAAGUCGUGAAUCCGAUGCAGUAGCUAGAUGUUUAGAUUGUGCCAAUUUUUUAUGUCCAAACUGCGUGAUGGCUCAUCAAUUUAUGCACUGUUUUGAAGGCCACCGCGUACUCAACGUUGCAAAUCUAAAGGAUCAGGACAAUUCUAUUACCGGUCCAUUAUCAGAAAGCUUGAGCGCAUUAGGAUCUCGUUUAUUAGGCGCAGCAACGAAUGGGUCCACAGUUACAUGUCCACGACACAAGCAGCAAUUUACAUUGUUCUGUCAGCCUUGUUUGGUGCCAACUUGUGUGGAAUGCGCAAAUAUCGGCGAACAUCUUUCGCACGAGAUGACACCGCUCCAAGAAGCAGGUCCCAGACAACUUGCCGAACUAUUGCGCAGCGCGCAGCAGGCUCGAGACCGAGCUCAAGAUAUGCGCACACAGGCUGCACGUGCGGAACACGCUCAGUUGUCGUGUCGGACACAGCAGCGAAAAGCAACCGACGAGAUCAAUGAUACUUUCCAAUUCUACAGAUCUAUGCUGGAGGAGCGCAAGCAAGAGUUGCUGCGCGAACUUGAAUCAGUCUCAGCUUCUAGGCAGACAGCGUUAGCGUCGCUUGCUCGCACAGGAACUGAAGCAGCAGAUCGUAUCCAACAAGUUUGCGAUUUCGUAGAUAAGCUCACCAGGCGCGCCACUGUUUCAGAAGUUCUUGUAUUCCGUAAGCUGCUCGAUCAGAAAUUAAACUCAUUAUGUACAGCUGGAGAACUAGCUGUGAAUUCUGCACUUGCCCAUCAGCAGGAAAUCGAAUUCGUAUCAAACUAUCAAGCCAUUCAGGUCGGCGUGAGAAAUACGUUUGGUUAUAUACGUUCCAACUCAGAACCGUCAUCGAACCAAUCACAGAAAAAGGCACCAAUAGCUCGACCAGUUCCUUCUAAUUUAAGUACAAAUAAUACUUCUCCAUCAGACACAUCUAGUGGAACUACUUCAUUGAAUGGCAGUUCUGGAAGCUUAAAUGGCAUUUCCCAUCUCAAUGCUCUCAACUCUCUUAAUUCAAUUAAUUCUUUGCAUUCCUCCAAUACUCUUACUUCUAGCACUGGUAAUAGUAUAAUUGAGAGAAGUUUUGCAACAACUAUAGCACCCCCAACAUCGGUGUCAAAUAAUCCAUUCGAGUGCAAUAAUAUAAUCUCAAAACGAUUUAAUUCAGCUAAUAGUUUGGGACCAUUCUCAACAACAUUAUCUGAGGUGAAUCCCUACGAAAAAUGGUCAAAUGGCGGCUGUGACAGUAUAUUCUCUGAUCAAUAUACAAUUGGACCACCAGUUCCAUCAACCAAUAAUAUAAUGAACGGAAUAGAAUCAAACAGCGUCUUAGAACUUACAUCAAAACUAAUGUCAGCUUCAGUAUUUCCACCAAAAUCUCAAAUCAAAAGGCAAAAAAUGAUUUACCAUUGCAAAUUUGGAGAAUUUGGUGUAAUGGAAGGCCAAUUUACUGAACCCAGUGGUGUAGCUGUAAAUGCACAAAAUGACAUUAUUGUAGCAGAUACAAAUAACCAUAGAAUUCAGAUAUUUGAUAGAGAAGGUAGAUUCAAAUUCCAAUUUGGUGAAUGCGGUAAACGCGACGGCCAACUUUUAUACCCGAAUCGAGUAGCUGCUGUCAGAACAUCUGGAGAUGUAGUAGUCACUGAAAGAUCGCCCACGCACCAAAUACAGAUUUAUAACCAGUAUGGUCAAUUUGUCCGAAAGUUUGGCGCUAAUAUUCUACAACAUCCCAGGGGUGUUACUGUUGACAAUAAGGGAAGGAUAAUAGUUGUUGAGUGCAAGGUAAAUUAUCAAGAACUUCUAUAUUUCAACAUCUAUUUUCUGAUAUAUAAAAGUAAGCACCUGGAAUUCCCGAAUGGUGUUGUCGUCAACGAUAAGCAAGAAAUUUUCAUAUCCGACAAUCGUGCGCAUUGCGUAAAAGUGUUUAACUAUGAGGGGGUGUACUUGAGACAAAUAGGUGGCGAAGGCAUCACCAAUUACCCCAUUGGCGUAGGAAUAAAUGCUGCUGGAGAGAUUCUGAUUGCGGACAAUCACAACAACUUCAACUUGACUGUAUUCACUCAGGAUGGUCAAUUGGUUUCGGCGCUUGAGAGCAAAGUCAAGCACGCCCAAUGUUUCGAUGUUGCGCUAAUGGACGAUGGCAGCGUCGUCCUGGCUAGCAAGGACUACCGACUCUAUAUCUAUAGGUAUGUCCAGGUGCCUGUUCUGGGCUUGUAACUCACCAACCUACAAGAAUUCAGUGGCAUCAGAUUUGUAACUUGGUUCAUCGCUUUACGAAACUUCAAAACUAUCAAUGCAAUGUACUGAAAUAUGUUUCAUAGAGAAGUCAGGUAUUUAAAAAAUCUUCUCAUACAUCUGUUUCAACAAAACCAUUAAUUUUCGGGUGAUAACAUCGGAGUUAUGUGUUCUAAGUGAGAUUAUUGUUAUUGCAUUUCCUUGCCAAUUUAAUUUUUUUUUAGAAAAUUAUAAAAGCUAGGUUUUUCAUCCGAUUUGUUAUGAUAGUUUAGAAAAAUCUCAUACACAUAAAUUAGAAAUAAUUUCUGGACCAAGA